AUGUCGCUGUCUAGCUCUGCGGCUGACUCGGAGACGAACGUCUCCGGGGACAUCUCGACUGUGCCAACCACACCGGACAGAAGUCAAUCCGGUAGUCCAGGUCUUCACGAUAGCAACGAUGAAGUGGACAACUCCUUUGAGAAGGCCUCCCCUUUGAAGAACGGCGAUGCCGAAUACAGGGUUCCCUCGCGGACGAUUCGAAGCAUCUGUGUUGUUGGCGCCGGUUAUGUUGGUGGACCAACAGCUGCCAUUGUCGCAUACAAGAACCCGCACGUGAGGGUCACGGUGGUUGAUAGAGAUGACCGUCGGAUCAGAAGAUGGAACUCGCGUCAUCUUCCCAUCUAUGAACCGGGCCUCAGCGAGAUUGUUCGUAUAUCGCGCGAUGGAUUACAAGGUUCUUGUGAGAAGGAUUGUGUCGAAGCUCACGAUACCGCGGAACUCAAGGCACGAUCGCCUAAUCUUUUCUUCUCGACCGAUGUAUCUCAGUGCAUUCAAAACUCGGAUGCCGUCUUCAUUGCGGUAAACACGCCGACAAAAAUGCGCGGCACGGGGAAAGGUAGCGCAACUGAUAUGACCUCCUUUGAAGCUGUGGCAGCGGAAGUAAUUCGUCAUGCACAAAACAACACUAUUAUCGUCGAGAAGUCGACGGUACCCUGCAGAACAGCACAGAUGAUCCAAGAGAUGAUCACCAUCCAGAGACCCGGCGAAGAUUUCGAAAUCCUCUCAAACCCGGAAUUCCUCGCUGCAGGAACAGCUGUGCAAGAUCUGCUCCAUCCAGACCGAAUCAUCAUCGGUUCUGCACCCACGCCCGAGGGUCGAGCCGCUGCAGAAUCCCUAGCAGGUGUCUAUUCUUCUUGGAUCGAUCGAUCGCGCAUUCUCACAACCAACGUUUGGUCGUCCGAACUGGCAAAACUUGUCGCAAAUUCCAUGCUCGCUCAGCGCCUGAGCAGUAUUAACAGCAUUUCGGCAAUCUGCGAAGCUACAGGUGCCGAAGUGAAUGAGGUUUCUGCGGCCAUCGGAAUGGAUACCCGUCUAGGCAAGUCAUUCCUGCGAGCGGGUAUUGGAUUCGGUGGCUCUUGCUUCAAGAAAGAUAUUGCCAGUUUGGCAUACAUCGCCGAGUCCUUGGGUCUGGAUGAAGUCGCACAUUACUGGCGCCAAGUCAACGUGAUGAACGAAUACCAAAGGGAUCGCUUCGCUGCUCGAGUCAUCCGCCAUCUGAAUAGUACACUCGUCACUAAGAAGAUAUGUAUCUUGGGCUAUGCAUUCAAGCCCAACACCUCGGACACACGAGAAGCACCAGCCCUCGAAAUUAUCAAGACACUUUUAGAUGAGAAUCCACACGAGAUUGCUAUCUUUGACCCUUGCUGCAACCGUCUUGUCAUUGAGAAUGAGAUUCGUGCCCUACAGCCAUAUGGCUCCCCUAUCCUCAGCGAUGAUGGUGGAUGUGUGAAAGUCUACUCUAAUGUUUACGAGGCUUGUGCCGACUCUAACGCGGUUUUGAUUGUGACCGACUUCCCUGAAUUCCGGAACACCCCUGUCACCGUGAGUCCUGACUCCAAGACGCAGUCUACUCAGAGACUGCAAGAAGCAACUCCUGCGAACACACUUUCUCCCCCGGUUACCGCAUCCUAUGAACCCUUCAAUGCCGAACCGGAUUGCUCUGCCGACUGUCCGGACUGUCAAUCGGGGAUCACAUACGGCGAAUCGAAUCCCAGUGUUGGCAAAGAUGUUCCAAAAGAGCAGGUCAACUGGAAGAAGAUCGCCGGAGAGAUGAGAUCACCCAAGUGGCUGUUCGAUGGAAGAUGUAUCAUUAAUAUUCCCGAAAUGACCAAGCUCGGCAUCCGUGUUGAAAGCAUCGGUUCUGCUGGUCUGGCGGUCUAA